GAGUGUUCAGGAAACGAGAGUUUUAGAGAGUUUUAAUUAAUCGAUGCUUCACCUCUGUUUUUGGCCGAACAUGGGAAUGAUUACCGCCCUAAAAAAUGUUCAUGAAAAAUCCGGGUUGUUGAUGAUGAAGCUAAGAGCAAUUAGAGUUUACCACGUUGCUGCUCAUUCUCGAGGGCCGGAACCGUUGGAUGUUGUUUUCCACGACUCACAGGGCGAUCGGAUCCAUGCUCAGAUUAAAGAUACUGCUAUAAGCACAUUCAAACAAGCUUUGGAAAAAAAUGCGGUUUACUUAAUCAUGAGGGUCAAGGUUUUACGCAAUUUCCAAGGCACAAAACCUACCAAUCACCCUUGCAUGCUCCAAUUUUUGGGAAAGACCAAGAUUCAAAAACUAACAGAAAAUGAAUUUCUUAAUUUUCGAUUCUACUUUAAGAGUUUUGAAGAUGUACUCAAAACAAAGUUUGAUGACCAAGUCUUUUUAGUUGAUAUAAUCGGGAAAGUAGUUAGUCGAACUGCGCUCGAAACCCAUAUGGUUAAUAAUGCCCUAGAGCAAAUGAUGGAAGUUACCUUGGAGAACCACAAAGUGUCGUGGAUCAUGAAGUGGCAUUACACGGAGGACGGCACACUUGUGAUUACCCAGAAAUCCAAACGCUCUGGCGACUGCCUCCGUCAAAUCCAUGAAGAGCUACGGUCUCAGCCGUGCAAUGCGAAGGGCAGAUUCCUCGCGCCUGAGGGGAGAGAUGACACAGAGAGAGGGGCUAACGAUGCAGAGAAGCCAGACUGCAAUGUCGGGCUAAGGUUUCAACCUCAAUAUAUCCUAUGAGGCACACUAACAGGAACUGGGAAGAAACUGGCAGGUGAAGGUGACUUGGGCUAUGAACUUCAGCUCUGGACGGCAUCGUUGGACAACAACGAAGGAUGAACAGUCAGCAAAGGUCGUACACAAGGAUCGAAAGUGGUUAAAGUACAUACAUUGUUUGAUUUUCAAGUUGGUGCACUCUAUUAUGUGGGGAUGGCAGGUCACUUUGAUCUUGGUUUUGAUAAUGCCAAACUGCCGUGAACGAGACAAAUUGUUGAAUAUACAAGGCGAGAAAUAAAUAUAAGAAGAAAGCAAGAGAACAAGA